CUCUCUUUCGCAACCCCAGAAGAUGCAGCUGCAGAACGUAGACGCAGAAAACGCUGUCUUCGUAAGGAACCACCAUCUAACUCAUUAGGCCAACCCCAACGUCGUCCUUUAACACCUAUUAAAAACCCUAACCCUAACUCACCAAACCUUAAAUUGAUUCGUGGAAAAUGACCCUGAAGAGGCUUGAUUGUACACUCGCCAUUCCAUUUAUUUCAAUUGUAGACCUACUGUCUUUACUUGUUAUGCAGUUAUGGCUGCUCUUUUCGACAAUCCAAAUAUCGAUUCAAUACUCAAGCUGGAGUUGUUCCGAGUGUGGUAACAUAUAAUUUACUAAUUAAUGCUUAUUGUAAUUGUAGAAAAACACUGAUACUGCAUUGAAACAUUAUCGACAACUUAUUGAUAAUGCCCCUUUUAGUGUGUCUCCGACUACUUAUAGGAUUUUAGUAAAAGGAUUAGUUGAUAAUUCAAAAAUUGAGCAAGCUUUACCACAGAAAGAUGAUAUGAUUGAAAAGGGUUUAAAACCUUACCUGAUCCUGCUGUUUAUAAUUAUCUAACGUUAGGGCUUUUGAAAAAUGGGGAUUCAGAUGGUGCUCUGAGUUUGUUUGAGGAGUUAAGGCGAACAUUGGGGGGACUGUUUUAGAUGGAAUUGUUUAUGGGAAUUUGAUGAAAGCUUACUUUUUGGAAGGAAUGAAAAAGGAAGCAAUGGGAUUGUUAUAAUGAAGCUGUUGGCGAGAUUUCUAGUAUUAGAAUGAAUGCUGUUGCUUAUAGUCCGAUUUUAGAUGAAUAAAAAUGGGAAAUUUGGUGAAGCUUAGAAUUUGUUUGACAAGGUGUGCGAACAUAAUCCUCCAAUGAAGAUAAUUGUAAAUUUAGGGACUUGUAAUGUUAUGGUUAUUGGUUUUUGUGCAUUAAAGAAAUUUAAGGAUGCAAUUGAAGUAUUCAGAAAUAUGGGUGAGAAAGGGAUUAAUCCUGAUGAAGUUAAUGGAUGUUUUGCUAAUGGAUGCUUGUUUUUCGGAGAAUCGGGUGGAUGAUGCUAAUGGGUAUUUUGAGAAAAUGUUGGAAUCUGGGUUGAGACCUAAUUUGGUUGUUUUUAACAAGGUUAUUGAUGGAUUGAUUGAAGCAGGAUAAAUUGAUGAAGCCAAGUUGUGUUUUGAUCAAAUGGUAGAAAGAUUGAACCCUGAGGUAUCCUGUUUCGAGUGUAUGCCGAAGACUUUGAGCGAGACAGGGAAGCUCGAGGAGGUGCUUAAAACAAUUGAUGGCAUGUUGAGUGAUGAAAGUGUAGGUUUGAGUUCAGAGAUGAAAAAAUAUGUAUCCUACGGACCGAGGAAAGAAGGGAGAGAUGAUGAAUUGGUUCAAUUGAUUGAGGAGAAAGAGCGAGAGAAGGAGGAGAAAGAACGGCAGAAGGCGGAAGCUCUUGCUAAGGAAGCUGAAGAAAAAGCAGCAGCAGCGGAGGCAGCAAAUGCUAGGUCUAAGUUUUCCGUUGGGGAUUUUCUGGGUUCUAGUGUUGAGUCUGUAGCAGGGAAUAGUGACAAAGAGGGUACAGAAGAAGGCACAGAAGAAGUUCCUGCUGUUGUGGUUGUAGAAGAAGUUCCUGCUGCUGAGGCCGUAGAAGAAAUUCCUGCUGCUGAGGUCAUAGAACACUCCAUCAAUGGUGAUAACUUGAGCAACAAAGUUAAAACAGGAGAUAAAGGAUCAUUCGAGCAGGUAUUGCCCUGAAGGGCAUCUAAAACAUGCCAUGGCUACAGUCGUCAUUUUAAGAACCGGGUUCGCCACUGGGUUGAUGGCGCCCUUAAUGAUCUGAACAAGUUCCCAGAUAUAAUUAAGCAUAUGAUCAGAGAUUCCAUUUUGAUCGCAUCCCUGCAGUACUUGAGCUGUGUUCCCAGGCUGGUGCCGACAUCUUUGAUCAAAUUUUACUCUCUAUUGGUAAAGAUGGUUUUGCUUCUGAUGCGUCUAUUUCGCCCCUACAGCUUACUUGUUUGACAGUUCGAACUUUAAAAGGCAUGGGAGGAUAUGAGAGAAAGGGUGCAAAAGCUGUUGUUGUUUAUGCUGCUUAAGUUUGCAAGUUUUAUGACGAAUUUCAUGUUGGAUCAUCUGGGCACAUGGCUGCGCUUUGUGGGGUGUUCAGAUAUGAAACUUGGAGAGGAACCCAUUUUGGAAGACAGCAGGGGUCGACGUUUUGCUUCUUCAGAAGAUCAUAUGGCGGAGGCAAAAUCAAGAUCCAACCGUGUUAUAAGAUAAGGGGUGUUGAGCUAUGCAUUCACGCUGGAGCACAUGCCCUGAGCAAGUAUUAUGUGUAUAGCGAGAGCAAAUGGUUCGUCUCCAGCUCUUCAUUUAUUCUGAGAUUGGCUCUCUGAUAGCACCAAAAAUUCUGUCCUCCAAACAGAAUCACAGAUUACUUGAUUAGGAACUUCUUGAAGUCAGAGGUUUCUUAUGUCUAUGGUCUUCAACUUCUUGGAGCUGACUUAUUCAGGUGUGGAUUAGAGACUGCUGACUGAGUUUAUCUCAGGAGGGUUCGGUGCCAGGAGGGUUCCCUGGUGCAACACUGAGGCUUGCAGAUUUUCCACUUGUAAGUUCAAAAAAUUUGACAUUGCAGUCGUUUCUCAACUCUAAUCCUGUAAUCCAUUCAGCCAGAAACUGUCUACCAACCUUCAUACCUAUUAACUUCUUCACUUGAAGAUAUGUGUGAGUAGACAUUACUUCCAGUAAAUAGUUAUGAAACUCGUCUGUUUCGUUAGUGAUUCUAACCUUCACAGCAGAACUCUUCUUGUUGAUUGCAACUUCAGAAUCCCAGAUCCUUCAAUUUAUAUAAAUAACUUGAUUGGCGUGAAUUGAAAUGAAAGGGUAUUCACAUAUGACAAGAGUGUCAUCCAAAAAGGGAUUAUGGUUCGACUAAUUUUCUGAUGAUGCAGUAGUCAAUACUCGGAUUUGAUUAUUCUGUUAGAUAUUGCUGAAAAGUAUUCUUAACCUUAUCAGUCAUUUGGUUUUUUCACAAGCAUUUGCAAGAUGUAUGGCAUCAAUAUUUGUUGCUGCUCCAAUAGAAUCAUUAAUAGAGAAAUAGAAAGAAUUAAGUGAAUAUUCAUCUCCACUACUAGUAAAAUUUGUACUCAUUUUGGUAGUAUCUACACCGUUAAAUUUCAACGGUUGAAGUAGAAUCUAACCAAACUAAAUACCCACUGAAUUUUUAAUGGCUUCAAUAGAUUGUAUUGGAAAAUUAGGAAAAAUAUCAGUCGUUUUGUACGAGGUACAGAUAAGACAAUACAAGGAUGACCAACCAUAACAGUGGCUAACAGUGCUCUGUAUACUGCAAAAAGAGUACAGCCACUCUUACAUUUGUCUCUGUUUUAACUUUUAACCACUUACAAAGCUCCACUUAGGUGAUGUAAACAAGUAGUUGUGGUUAAAGGCACUGACAUUGUUACCACUAAGAAGUCAAGUGGCACUGACAUUGUUACCACUCUUGGUAGUUUCACUUUUUCUUCUUCUUCUUCUUCAUUUUCUUGUGAAAUUUGACUGGAGACAUAAACAAGAAAAUGGGUUCUCUGCAAAAUUACAGUAGACCCUCUUUUUUCAAGGUGAUGAUGGGAGAUUUCAGAAAAAAGCUUAAACUGCCAGUAAAUUUCAUCAAGAACUUUAAGGGGAUGGUACCCUACGAUUCGAUCCUUCAAAGUCCAUCAGGAUGUUGGAAUGUGGAGAUUAGAGAAGAAGAAGAUGGUGGUUUAUCUUUCUGGGAAGGGUGGCCUGAUUUUGUCCAAGCACAUUGUUUAGGCCAGGGGGAUUUUGUGACUAUGAAGUAUAUUGGUAACUCGCAGUUUGCUGUUAUGCUGUAUGGUAAAAAUGGAUGUGAAAAGGUAUUGCCGUCUUCUACAGGUAACAACGGUGUAAAAUCGAUUCCCUCAAGGAAGAGGAAAGAAUAUGGAGAAACAAGUAAGAGGCAAUUCACUAAUUCUGGUUCCGGGUUUGAUCAGCAUAAGUAUCAUGCAGGCGAUACUGGAGGAGAUUCGCUUAGUUCUGGCAAAAAGAAAUGUGCAUUGUUUAAAUGCGGUGCACUGAAGAGAAAAUCAACCCUCAUAGAGGGAAGGAUAAGGGUUGAUCAAGAAGAGUGUUCGGGCAAAGGAAAGCCGUGUUUUCGCUUCUUUUGGACAGAGAAUAAGAAAUAUCGAAUGGAGAUUCCCCAAAAGGUAUUAAGAAAAAUAGGAAGGACAUUAUCUGAUAUCGUCGCUCUGAAAAGCGCCAAUGGUAAACUUUGGAAUGUGGAAUUGAAGAGAUCUGGAGGCAAGGUUUGGUUUUACAAAGGUUGGAAGGAAUUCACAGAACAUCUCUCUUUAAGGGAUGGUUAUGUUUUGGGAAUCAGUUACAAUGGGAAUUCACAUUUCGAUGUGCGUAUUACCAACUACAUGGAUGAUUCGGUAAACCAAGGAGAUUCUAAUCCUAAGAAAAGGUGCCGGUUGAGCAAAAGGGAAGAAGAUGAUGACGUGAUACGGUUGGACUCACCUCCAUCCCGUCCUCAUGUUGAAAGUAAGACAUAUGAGGAAAGAGCGCAGUUGUCAGUUCCUCCUGGUUUUAAUACCCCCAUGCAACUCAACAAAAAUAAGGGUGCCAAGUCUUUGGUUUCAGAUGAAACCAGGUGUGUAGGAAAUGAAAGAACUCCAUCAGGUUACCGUCUACCGGUUGUUAAAGAAGUAAAGAGUGAAGACACGUCUGAUUCACCUGAGGCCUCAAGACAUUUGCAGAAAUUAUCAUGGAGAGCCGGCAAGGAAAGAGUGGCUGAAGUAACCAAGUUAUUCAAGCCUCAGACUCAUUCUCCUUUCUUUGCAGUUUGUAUGCGAGAUACCUAUCUAACUUACCCAUAUCUGCAUAUUCCCUACAACUUCGCCAAUAAACAUCUAAGGAAGACCAUAAAGAAUGUCGUGGUUCGAAAUUCAGAGGACAGAGUCUGGACGCUUGGAUACUGGAUGGGAGAUUCUUCAGCACAGCUAUGUUCCGGUUGGACUUCUCUUAGACGAGAUUUACGUCUGACAGAAGGCGACGUUUGUGUUUUUGAGCUGCUUAAGGGAAAAGAUACAGAAAUGAGAGUUUCUGUAUUCAGGAAGAUCGACAAUGUGCUCACCAGGAUAUGAUCGGGGCACAAAAAGGUGUCAUGCUUAUGUUUUAGUUUAUUCUAUGGAAGUACUAAUGUAUGGUAGUUUCAAUUGCUGUCAUGAUUUAGCUAUUAAUCCCGGCACUGUUUUGCAUCUCACCAAAUUCAGCUGAAAGUUUAACUCCCAGUAAC